AUGGAAUACAUGACGCCGCAGAAGUUCGAUUUUCUCCGCACUUCCCGUACCAUCAAGAGGACAAAGCUGAGCCUUGAAGACGAAACAAGAGCUAUUAGGAUGGGAAAGUUCGAGCGUUGCCCGGGAGAAUUCAAUCAUCGACUUCACGAUGGAGUGCAUGGUGUGAAUGUGUUGACAGUUCCUGAGAUGAAAGGAAGGAGACGCAUGAUCACUGAGCCUCAUCUGAACUCAGUGGUGCGAAAGGCGGAACUCCCAAAGCUUUGCAGCCCUGGGAGGCUGGAAAGACGCCAAGGUUUGCGUUUUGCGAAGUACAUGCUUCAGAUCGAUUUUGAGGCGUUCUAUGACGCAAUUCCACUCCCUGAAGAGACGCGUAACAAGUUUGUGUUCUUUACGUCGAGGGAAUACUACUACCGUUUGAAGACCCUCCCGACCGGUGCCCGAUGGAGUGUGGCGGUGGGCCAGUCCAUCACCAACAUGAUUGUGGACGUCGUUACGGGUGCGACAAUUUACACGUGCAUCGACAACAUCAUGAUUGCAGCACGGGAAGGACAGGAAGAAGUUUUCGUGGCGACGGUGCGAACCGUGCUGCAGAGGAUUCGCCAGGCGAACCUCUUAACAUCCCCGGAUCGAGAGAGCCUCUUGGCGAAGACGGAUACCGAGCUGCUCACACUGGCUCAGGAGGAGCAGGUUUUUCUAGGGGAGAGGUUUUGGUGGAACGGCACGGAGCGUCUUGUAUCCAACUCGAUCAAGACGAUAUCGAAGCUCUUCUUAGCAUUGCAGGCCACCCGAUUUACAUGCCGCACUUUUGUCUCGCUGCUCUCUUUGGAGAUGUACGCUCUGCAUACCACUCGGUUGAACCCGGCAGUAUUUGCUCACCUGCUGCGGGCGUACCGAGGCGUGUACCGCUUAGUCGAACGCGGCCGCCCUUGGGACUCUGAGCUGACGUUUGUCGAUCCUCGAGUCAACCGACUGAUGAGAGAGCUGGGAGCGAAGCUUGUGGAAAACGGGUGGUGGACGAUUGCACCUGCGGUGCACGUCGACUACGUCGACUCGAGGUAUGAUUAUAUCUCGUUUACGGACGCCUCAGCAGAGGGCUGGGGUGCCAUCUCGCGGUGGAAGAAUGGCUCUGCUUUCAAGUAUCCGCAGCGUUGGGUAAGUGACCUCGAGACCGAUGACGAGGAGGUGCAUCCAGCUGAAGGGCAAGACCCGCUGCUUUUUACGGCAAAGCACUCAGCUCACGCGGAGCCCGCCGCCAUCACCCGGCUCUUGAAGCUGUUGCUCAGGAGAAACCCGUCGCCGGGACAGACCUCGGCAGUGGUCACCGACCACAUCGCCAUCGUACGCGCCCAGCGCCGCCAGAAUGGAUUUGGCGGGAUAGGCAGAGGGUACGCCUUGAACAGGCUGUUCCAGCUCCCCAACGCCCUUUUCCACGAGCAGGAGAUCAACGUGGUGUUCUUCUACAUGAAAGGGGAGGGGAAUCCAGCCGAUGACUUGUCGCGGCACUUUGGGGAAGACUACUCGCCUCAAACCAUCGAAUCCCCCGCAGACAACCUCGGAGUGCCUAGCGUCGAACACACGUACUCCCCUUUGUGUGUAAGAGCGGGAACGGAGUGGCCGCAUUACUUGUAG